ACUAGAAAACUGGGCAUCACAGACAAUCACCGAAGAACCAGAAAUGCACCCUGAGGAAGCCAGCUCUAAGCACGUGUGUGUGAUCGGUGCAGGACCUUCGGGGCUGGUCUCCGCAAGGGAGCUAAGAAAGGAAGGUCACUCUGUCGUCGUACUAGAGCAGAAUCAUGACGUCGGAGGGCAAUGGCUUUAUGACCCUAGAGUCGAGCAUGAAGAUGUUUUGGGUAGAUUCACUCUCUUGAGAGUCCACAGUAGUAUCUACAACUCCCUCAGGAUUAUGACUCCAAGAGAGGCUAUGGGCUACACAGACUUCCCGUUUGUGACGAAGAAAGGAAGAGAUACGAGGAGGUUUCCAGGCCAUAAAGAACUUCUUUUGUAUAUCAGAGAUUUCUGUCAGUGGUUUGGACUGCGAGAGCUGAUACUGUUCAACACUAGAGUGGAAUAUGUCGGCAUGGUGGACAUUGCAGAAACUCGAAAAAAUACAGAAUGGGUUGUCAGGUUCAGAGAAACAAAGACCGAGAAGGUCAAGGAGGAGAUUUUUGAUGCAGUAGUUGUAGCCACCGGUCAUUAUUCUCAACCUACAUUUCCAAUCAUUAGAGGAAUGGAUACAUGGACAAGGAAGCAGAUUCACAGCCAUGUGUAUAGAGUUCCUGCGCCUUUCCAAAAUGAGGUAGUUGUUGUUGUUGGGAACUCAUAUAGCGGCCGAGACAUAUCACUGGAGCUGGUGGAUGUAGCAAAAGAAGUACAUCUCAGUGCCAAAUCCCUUCAAAUCUCUGAGGGUCUCUCAAAAGUCAUUUCCAAAUAUCAAAACCUGCACAUACAUCUACAGAUAGACUCUCUUUGCGAAGAUGGAAGAGUUCUAUUUGCUGAUGGAUCUUGGGUUAUCGCUGACUCAAUCAUCUACUGCACUGGGUAUUCGUAUUCAUUCCCAUUUCUUGACACCAAUGGAAUAGUCACUAUAGAUGACAACCGAGUUGGACCUUUGUAUGAGCACACAUUUCCACCAUCACUUGCUCCAUCUCUAUCAUUUGUAGGCGUUCCAAGGAAGAUCUUAGGGCUUCCAUUCUUUGAAUCACAAGCGAAAUGGAUAGCUCAGGUGCUGUCUGGCAGAAGAAAACUACCGUCAUCUGAUGCUAUGAUGAGGGCCGUCGAGGAAUUCUAUCACUCAAGGGAAGUCGCCGGUAUACCAAAGCAUAACACACAUGAUAUCGCUGACUUUGAGUACUGUGAUAAAUAUGGAGAUAACUGUGGAUUUUCCCAUCUGGAAGACUGGAGAAAAGAACUUUGUACAGCUGCUAUACGAAGGUCCAUAGUGAACUUAGAAACUUAUCGAGACACCUGUGACGAUCAUGAACUAAUUCAGUUGGCACAUCAAAGCCCUCACUUCACACAGCUAGACCCUGAUGUUCUUGCCCUCUGAAGGACCGCAUGAUCUUCAAGAAUUAUUUGAUUACGUUAAAUCUUUUCCUUUUUGUCAUCAGUUACCUGCAAUAUGCAUUUGAGUUUCCCUGUAGAGACAAUGUAAUAAAACAGAUAAAAGAUCAAAAUGCAGUGUAAGUCAGAUUUCAU